AUGCGCCGAAGGCGAGAGAACCCACAGUGCUCAAUAGCCUGCAAUUACUGCCGCGCGAAAAAGGCACGAUGUAGCGGGUCGCAUCCGUGCUCAAAUUGUGAGGCUCACAAGCAGGAAUGCACAUUUCCGGGUCUCGAUUCGCGUGCCUCCAAACGGAGAAAUACUAAUUGGCAGCUCGAGGAGAGACUGAAGCAUAUGGAGCAGCGCCUAGAUCAAUUAUCAACAACACCUCCUUCGAACAAUCGACCCUCAACCGCCGGGCUCACCAGUUCUCAUCCCCGAUUCUCAAGCAACGAAGAGGAUGGCGAGUUAUGUGAGUCAGGGCGCAUGGAAGCCUUGCUGACUCCCUCGGCCUCUACAACAACCAGCCACGGAGCAGAUUUUGGCGCAGGCCCUCUAUGCGAUGAUACGACCACGCAACAUGAUCUGAACCGACCUCAACGACAAAGCAUCUUUCAAAGCACAUCUACCAAUACCAAUAGCAUCGUGGCGCAGGUCGAUCGACGUUCCUUUGGAUCCGAGACCCAGCCACGCCCUUCAGCAUCGCAACCGCAACCGCUACCAGGAAAUACUUUUCCAAAUCCGUAUCGUGAAAGGGGCACGUCAAGCCAAUCAGCCCAAGUAGGAUCUGCUACCACCAACACCUUCAGCCCUCGGAAAUAUCCUCAACCGCCCAGUUGUGGUUCCUUCUCCUCAUCAAGUCUGCUUUUCCCUCAACCAGCAGAUAUUAACAGGCCCUUUGCUAAUCCAUGGUGGAAUGAUAUUUGCGAGAAUGAGCCUGCAGGCAACACAGAACAUCACGGUGCCUCUUCGUACAUGUCAAUUUGCUCAUCAUCGGGUAUUGGUUGGAUCUCCCGGCGGCUGGGAUCUUCAACUGCCGUCCAAACGAGCAUACGUAGGCUUGCAUUACAGAUAAACAAGGACCUCAAAUUUCGAGGCCGAUUCUCCAAGGAGCGUAUACCUGAUCCUCCCCAGGCAACUGCCCGAGAAUGGGUAACCGCCUUCUUUGAAGAAAGCCUUGAGCACUCAAUGGGUCUCGUCCAACGCCCGUGGUUCGAGGCACGUUUUGAAGCACAUCUCGCCAACGGAGCUCGUGACUCGAGUGAUUUCGCGUGGUACGCAAUCAUCCACACGGUGUAUGCUAUUGGUUGCCGCAGGUCUAUGACACGAGACGGCACGCCCAAAAGUUACGUCUCGUCCCGCGAGCGGUCAUGGUCUUUCUUUGAGAAUGCCAUGUCUGUGCACACAGAAUUACUAUAUACCCACACCGACUCUACUGCUAUAGAGGCUCUGCUAUUAAUGUCAUGUUUUGCAGAAGCGUUGGCUAGCCCGGCCUUAGAGUAUAUGCUGGUUUCUUCCGCCGUGCGCCUAGCCCAAUCUAAGGGCUUUCACAUCCAAGCUUCCCAAGAGAGUAUUCUCAGCGAGAACGAAAGAACCACGAGAACAUGGCUGUGGUGGAAUGCAUAUCUCCUGGAUAAGCACGUAGCGAUAAGAUCUGGCCGGCCAUCGGCUGUGGAUGACCAAGAUAUCAGUGUCGCUCUACCCACAGUGGCUCGAGCCGGGACUACAAGCGAUUUCCACUUCUUCAAGGCCAUGAUCAACCAUGCUCAGAUCUCUUCUCAAGUCUCCAGGCGGCUUUCCACAACGCGUCUCCAGAUGACCCCUUUACAUCAGACUCUACAAGAUAUUCGAGAUCUAGACCACCAAAUCAGAGAGUGGUACGAAGACUUAGAUCCCGUUUUUAAGUCACGACCGUCAGCAAGGUCUCGCAGGACGCACCCGUUCUUUGAGUACUGGCACUAUGCGUAUGUGCACUUCAAUUAUCAUGGCACGCUCUGCAACAUUCAUUGCAUCCUAACCUACCCUUGGGCGCGCCCUGCUCUGCUCCAGCCACAAAACCAAGUCAUUGCAGAACAGCUUAGAGAAAGUUCAUUGGUAGUCUCAGAGGCAUCGCGAGCGAUUGCCCGAGGCACUCAGUAUAUCGACCUAGAUGUAGAUUGCAGAGGCUGGCUUGCAUUAUACUACCCUAUCAUGAGUCUAGUCAAUCUCUUCCUCGGCGUCCUGGAGAAACUCACCGAGCAAGACGACGAGACCGUAACAUCAGACUUGAUCCUCAUGGAUGUCCUGGCUGGCCACUUCAGCCGACUGGAGUAUGCUACAGACUCCAUGACCUCGAUCACAUUCGCUAGGGAGGUCGCAUCUCUGGCUCGAGAAGCAAGGGCACAAGAGAGAGUUCAGCCACGACCGAGUCUCGACGACCCGGUAGUGUCCCUUGAAGGUGACGGCACAACUGAUUUUCUAGUACCAGCCAACGCUGAUGAGGACUGA